AUUUGCAUUUCCUGAAUUAUAUGAUCUGUCUCUGUCAUUCACCGUCAUUGGAAUUCCUGCUGUUACCCUGCAAUAGCAGGACACAACAACUUGUGGGGGGGAAAAAAAAAAAAAAAAAAACACCCGACAUUCUUAACACAACUAAUGUAAAUAAGGAUUAAAAUAAUUUGCUUUUGGUUAAAACAGCGAUAUCUACAGUAAAUAUCUACACUGCAGAAAAUACAGACAGGAGGAGGAUUGGAAGGGAAGAGGCAACUGAGACCACAUGAUCAAAAGUUACUAAACUUCUGCGUGUCUGUUUGUAUCUUCGGAUGACUGGUGCUGGUCUUAAAACAAACUAACGCGGGCACUGAGCAACUAAGGAGGAAUUUGAACACAGCUACCAUGCCACCUCCACCAGCUACAAACCUGGGAUAUACACCUCCUGAUGGCGGAUGGGGUUGGGCAGUUGUAUUCGGUGCUUUCAUUUCCAUAGGAUUUUCCUAUGCUUUCCCUAAAGCUUUAACUAUCUACUUCAAAGAAAUCCAGGAGUACUUUUCCAUCUCCUACAGUGAAAUAGCCUGGCUAUCUUCUAUAAUGUUGGCAGCUAUGUAUGGUGGAGGCCCUGUUAGCAGUAUACUUGUAAACCGCUAUGGCAGCAGGCCUGUAGUCAUCGCUGGAGGAAUCAUGUGUGCAGUUGCAAUGGUAUCUGCAUCUUUUGGCACAAAUGUCAUUCACUUGUAUAUCUGCACUGGACUCAUUGGAGGAUUUGGCCUUGCCUUCAAUCUCCAGCCAUCUCUGACAAUUAUUGGGAAAUACUUUUUGAAAAGAAGACCAAUAGCUAAUGGCCUCGCCAUGGCAGGAAGCCCGGUCUUCCUUUGUGCCCUGGCCCCUCUAAAUCAAUUCCUGUUUGACAAUUUUGGCUGGAGAGGCAGCUUCUUCAUUCUGGGUGCCAUGUUGUUAAACUGUUGCGUGGCUGGUGCUCUCUUUAGGCCUGUUGGAGCACCACUUGAACAAAUCCAGAAAGAAACAGAUAAAGGUCUUAACAUGCUCAGCAAAGAGGACAUUACCAAAGGAAGCACAGCUGAAAAAGUUAAUUCCCAAGUUGUAAGCUUGCUGGCUGGGAAGGAGCAGCAAGAAAAACAGGACUGCUGUCAGAAGAUCAAUAAGUUUAUAGAUCUUUCACUUUUUAAACACAGGGGCUUCCUUAUCUACCUUGUAGGAAACAUCAUCAUGUUCUUUGGUUUCUUCGCCCCCAUUGUUUUUUUGGCACCAUAUGCCAAGCACCUUGGAAUUGAUGAAUACUCAGCUGCAUUCCUGCUCUCCAUUCUCGCCAUUGUUGACAUGAUUGCCAGGCCUGGCACUGGCCUGAUUGGUAACACUAAGUGGAUAAGGCCAAAGAUUCAGUAUUUUUUCAGUUUUUCAGUUGCAUUUAAUGGUGUCUGUCACCUUCUUUGUCCCUUGGCAACAGGGUAUUCAGGACUGGUUGUAUAUGCAGUAUUCUUUGGUUUAGCAUUUGGCAUGGUCUGUGCCUUGCUAUUUGAGACUCUUAUGGACCUUGUGGGAGCACAACGCUUCUCCAGUGCUGUUGGACUUGUGACCAUCAUUGAAUGCUGCCCUGUUCUUCUAGGACCCCCACUUGGAGGUGCACUUGUGGAUGCUUUUGAUGACUACAAGUACAUGUACUAUGUGUGUGGAGCUGUUAUGCUGUUUGCUGGCCUUUUUCUUUUUAUUAUGAACUUCUAUAACUACAGGAUGUUGGAAAAAGAGGAGAAGCAAAGGCAAGACAAAGAGAUGGAGAUGAAGAAUGCAGAAGACUUGCCGAAAGCUGAAGAAGGCAGUAUUCAGCCCAAAGGUGAUGAGGAAAAUGGAAGACCUUCCAUUGAGGAGGGAGAUAUAGAGAAACUAAACUGAGCCUAAAAUAAGAGGUACAUGCUUAAGUAUUGGAAGCAAUACAACACUGCCUUAAACCGAAUAUUUUGAGCAACCGUUGGCUGUAGAUGUAUCUUCUAACAAUAAAACCAAUAUGAUAAACCACCUUUCAGAGGCCUUGGUGGCACAGCAAGUUACUGUUGAUUUGUAAUGCAUCCUAGACAUAUGUCUUUGCAAAUAUAUGAAUUUGGGCAAAACAAAUACAGAUUGUGCACACAAAUACCUAAGGUGCAAAAGAGUAAAAAAAAAAAAAUAUAUAUAUAUAAAAAAAAAAAAAAGAACAGUAAAACAAGUGGUUUUUGUUUAAAAAAAAAAAAAAAAAAACUGCAGCAAUACAUGAUCGAAGAGGAUGCCGCAUGCAGGCGUGUUACCACUUUUAAUAAACAGUAAAAAUGCUUCUAGCCCGUUUCACUCUGGUGCUGCUACCUGGGUCUCGGCUACCCGGAUCACAAUCCCGUAGUGUGAAAUCAUGAACCUGGGUCGUUCCCGAAUUAGCACGUGUCCCAGCGACCCACUUCAAAAUGUGAGUUGACAGCUUUGACCCGGGUUGAGUGAGACAAAAUGCAUGGCGGCCAACGAAAUAACAAACAGCCACACUUGUGUGAAGGUUUCCUUUCCGCAAGGAACGUUUUUGUUUAUUCUGUUCAGCCAUAUUUUCGUUGCUUGAAACACACCAUGAGCCAGAUUGUAGCAGAGAUAAAGAAUAAUUUGCCCUAAUCAAAAUUUGGAGUGAUUGUUCAAUCUAGAGAGGGAUAGAAGUAUGGAAACAUCCAUAACAAGCUGCUUCCGGGGCAUUGAAACACACAUUGUGCACGUGCGUCUGUCACCCAGGUCAACCCUGCUUUAUCAAAAGCGUCUGAAAUCGCAUCGCCAACCUGCAUGACACCAGGUCCUGACCAAGGUAGGCUUCUGACCCGGGUAGAGCAUGGCAGUGUGAAAGUGGCUAAAGGUUUUACCAAGGGGAUUCAUCAGAGUGGUCACAAUAGAAAGUGGCAAAAUCUUGUAACUCAGGUGUCCAAAGAAAUUACUUCAAAAAUUACUUCUCUUGAAAUUUAAGAUUUAAAGGAUUUUUAUUUAAGAUUUCUAAAUUUUUGUAUUUUUUAGGUAUUGGGGGUAUUUUCUUGUUGCGACUUUGCAAAUAUAAAACUGUACAAGUUUGUCAGAUUUCACAACAGUUUUUAUUUUAUUAAACUGUUGUGACUCAGUAGUUAACUUUUUGUGUGUUUAACUAAACCAAUAAUGUUAAUAGGAGGCAGUACAGUACAAUUCAAAUUAGAGAUUGCAUUGAUGAGCUUACUGCUACAAAACCUGUUUCCUGGCAGGUUCCAGCCUGAGGCCCAACUGUAUUUCAUAGCAAUGGGAUAAAAGGAAUAACAUUCACACUUGAAACAAACAAUGAUCCAAAUAGAAGGUGUGACUGCUAAUGAGUUUCUGUAGAAGUACCUUGGUGAUACAUGAAUUCCACAUGCUGUUACAGUGCAGACCUGAUGGGUAUCAAUUAUUAGUUUGUUAGGGAAGUGGUCACUGGUAAAGAUUUCAUCAACAUUCUAUGCUAAAAAGUUGCCUGUUGAAAAUCUGGUCAAGACAAUUUACAGCAAGCCCAAGUGGGGACAGCCUGCUAUAGCUAAAGGUGACAUGACUGCAGAAUGCAGUUAGAUUAUCAUCUACAGGUUUCUGCUUGGUCUCCAGUCUAAUUGAUUGUUUGACAAAUCAAUGUAUUGUCUUGUUGUUAGCUGAAAGUGGUCAAUGGGCCCUUAACGCCUAACCCAGUUUUUUUAAUACAAAUCACAUUUGUAUUAAAAAAAAGCCAAUUUUUAUUACUACUUACUGUUGGAUAGCAUCCAGUGUAUCCAGAAAACAGAGUUUGCAAAUAUUGUACCAAACUCCUUAUUAACAUCAAAUAUGUUAAAUACAGCGGAAAUGGCUGUGAUGGCACAGGUUCAUGUGUUUUGGACAUGCUACUGUUUGUAUCAUUGUUAGGCACCUGAAUGCAGUGCAUGGAUGCCUAGCAUUUAUACUGGUUGUCUGGUUUUGAGAUGCUGUGAAGGCGUGCUAUUUUGACACCUGUAAUGUGGUUAUAUGCUUUGUGGUGGAUGGUGCCUACAGUACACAGCUUGUUCUGGUUGCAGGCGUGUAGCGGGGUCAUUUUGAUAAAGUCCCACUGUCUAGCUGGCACAGGUAAAGUUUUCAAAAGCGCAGCAGUGAAGAAUUAGUGCAGUGUCAACUGAGAGAAACGUGUAUUAGCUAAUCCUUGCACAUUGUUUAAAAAAAAUAAAAUUAAGUACAAUUUAAAAAAAAAAAAAAAAAAAAAAAAAAAAAAAAACCCUGAAACAAAAACAGUAACAAAUGAAUAUGAAUAUAGCAAUAGCAACUAGUCUUGGGUUGAAUGACGCUUUGUAGAAAUCAAACAACUGGACACAGACUGAUUUUACUUUUGGCAUCUCUUAACAACACAUUGUGCUCUCUUUAAUAAAGCCAGGAGGCUUUGAAUAAACUUUUUUUUUUUUUUUUUUAAGUUUUUUCAUCAUUUUACAACCUAAUGGUAACUUAAAUACUGAAACUUACGUAAAGCUGCAGUCCAAUAAAUAUUUUUAUUCCUGUACAUAUUUUACAUCUAUGAGGAAGAUAAACAAAUGGAUCACAAAACAUGUUUGUGUACGAGGUGCCUGAACUGAUUUCUUUAGAAUUAUUUAGGCUAUUCUAAAUACCCACAAUAUGACAUCAUCCACUGAUGGUAAUUUAAAGAUUAUUACAGCACAAGACCCAGAGAUAAACAAUCUAAAUACUGAUUAACUGUAUGGCAGCUGGAUCUUAUUUGUCAAUAAACACAUAAAGCAAUGAGCUACCUUGUUUGACUCAUUCAAGUGAAAUUAGUUGACCUGACACACAUGUUUUCCCUUAUUAGAAUCUUCUGCUCAACCAAAUGUUCCAUUUUAUAUUCGUCAAAGCUAAUUUUUGUGCCACACAUGAUAAAAUAUAAUGUUUGAGGAAGAACAAAUACAGUCUUCAAAUACUGUUGGAGGGCAAAUCAGUAGCACUUAAUAUUAAAGAAAACAGCCAUGUAAUAACAUGACAACAUCUGGGUAACUUCUAGUGGAAUUACAUGGAAAUGGCCUGUAAUGUAGUGAUAUCGGAAAAUCUGAUAUGGCACAGAUGUGGAAAGGUUUUUGCUAUAUGUAUAUUUGUUGAAAGUAUUCAAUCUGAUGUUUAGUUUACGAGAAUAAAAAGUCUGUCAUUUCUAAUGUCUUUCUUUUAAAUCUGUAUUUGAAAUGAAUAAUAAUAAUGUAAACACUAUAAAUGGUAUUGCUUAAUAAACCGCAGCACAGGCCUCCGAAAAGUUUUGGGGGGGGGACCAGUGCCAACAAGUUAAACCCUCUAGUGGAAAAUAAAUGUGUUUUCCCCCUUUUGAUGAAGUGUUCAUACAAAUAAAAACCAGAGCCACAUGUUUUGUUCUAGCAAAGAAUAAUACAUUGUAAGUUAAAAUCAUGGUUUAGACUGUGUGUGCUAUAUUAUCAAUUAAAUAUAAGCUCUUGUUAUAGUUGUAUGAUACACAUGUGGCACUCAUGUAUGCACCUCUUCAAUGGGGUGCAUUCUAUGUAUAGUGCACUGCACUGCUGCUAAAAGUUAUAAAAAGGUCCAUAUAAACUAAAAUGUGUGGUAUGCAUAGCAAUGUCAAGUAGGGCGUAAUGCAAGCCACAUUUAAUACAUAACUAAAAUUCUUAAGAAAAUCUGUAACAAUUUAGGUUGAGAUUGCAGUGAUUAGUCAGGUGUGUGUACAAGAGAACUGCAUUUAUCUAAUAACAGAUUCCAAGGCUCCCAAGCAGUCCAUGUUUCAUUGUUACAUUCUGUUAAUCUAUUUCAGUUAGAACUGUAUCAAUCUGUGAUGGUCAUAGGCUUUAUUUACUUUUAAUGUUCUGAUUUGCUAGAAGAAAUAUGGCUGCUUUAAAAAAUGUAUGAUAUAGCCGUCGUAUUCCUGCCGAGCGUCUGAAAAACCCCUUACUGCACCCAUACUCCUAAUUGAAAACCGUUCAUCCAGAAACCUGGCUGGAGUUGUAAUUUAUAUUCUCUACUUAUUAUUUUGCAACUUGCAUUAUACAUCUAAAAAUUGACAGUACAUCUUUUAAUAAGAUUUUGAUCAGAUAUUGUCGAAGUUUGACCUCUGCUGUUAUUCGGCAGCGAACUGAAUGUAAGCAGUUCUUGAUAUACUUGUGGUUGAAUUUUUGAAAUCUAUAACAUUCUUAAAUGUCACAAAAUAUUCUUAUAGCGGGGGCAUUAUGUUUCUUCGUAAUGUGACCAUCUGUUUGUCAUCUAUUUAACACGGUAGAAAGAUAUAUACAGUAGGUUUCAAGAGUGUAACCUGCAGAAUACUCAAUGUCAUUGGUGACAAGUACAGAUGUAUGUCACACACAUGGCAUUAACUUCUGUUAAAUGAUGCAUACAAUACUUCUAAAAUCUGAUGAGGACAAAUGUUCCCCCAUAUUUCUUCAAAAUUGACACACAACGAGUGCUCUAUUUGAAACAUUUCAUCUGACAUAAUCCCAGUUACCACUGGGUAAGGGUCAAGCAUUAAAUGUAAAUGUUUUGCAGUCUCAAAUUAAGCUGCAGAGUGUGCAGCAAGCAGUCUCCUCUUUUUUCUCUGUGUUCUAACACAGGGUUUCCUAAUCCUGGUCUUGGGGACCCCCUGUGUUGUCUGGUUUGAAUUCCAACCGAGGUCUCAGUUACUUAAUUGAACUCUUAAUUGAAGUAAUAAUGUGCUUAAUUAGACCUUUCUAAUUGUUCUCAGCUCCUAAGAAGUUAACGAUUUUUAAGUUACUUAUAAAAUUGUGUAGUUAACUAGUUCAUUUAAAUAGUUCAUUUAAGAGUUCAGUUAAGUAAUUGAGAAUGAAAACCAGCAGACACAGGGGUGCCCCAGGACCAGGAUUGGGAAACCCAGCUGAAUGUUAGGUACAUCCAGUGCAGCUGUUUAUACUGAAUAAACCUGGGCUGACAGCACCAUUCAAUAGAUCAAGUGGUCAUAAUGGUACUCAAGGUGGAUUCAGGUGAGUAAAGCUUUUAAUAGGUUUUGAUUGAGUCAGACAUGCAGAAGUAAUGAUUGCAGUUCAAAGGAAAUUGUUACAAGAGUGUUACGGUAUUUUGGAGAAAGGUAUAAUAAUUUUAUUGCAACAACUACUUCAAAGUAGAGUUAUUAUUCCUGUUUUCCAACACUGUAUUAGAGAUUACUACAGUUAUUUGUUGAUAAAGAAAGACAUAGAAUGAUUACUGUUACAUAGGUAGUGUUGUCGAUAUAGGUUUUGUUUAACUACAGUCAAUGAAGCACAGGUUGAGCUGGGGAAGUGUAGUAUUAGGAAUAUGAUCAGAAUUUCAUGAAACUUUGCAUGUUGACUAGUGACUAGUUAGAAGUUAAUUAACAUGCUAUAAAUGUUGUUCAUUAUACUUCCUUAAGCUCAAUGUAAUCAUGAUUUCUGACUUGAGAGCCAUUGUGCUUGAACUUGGACAGUUUUUAGUUAUUGAACUUGUAUCUGUGAAGUGUGUUCUGGGUCACUAAUUGUCUCAUUUGCAUCCUUCUCAGGGAUUUGUAUGCAAUUUACAUUUUUUUCUUUUUUUUAGUCAGAACAGAGCAUACUGUAUUCUGGGUGGUUUCUUUACAUACUUAUUAUGACUUUGUGGUUUUUCCUAUUUUACCUGAGCCUACUGGCAGCUGUUCAGUUGUGAUUUACUUGAUCUCUUUUCAUUAUGACCUUGUUCAGCCUCCCGGAUCGACGGAUACUGGGUCACAUUGGCGUAUAUACCUUCUUGUCUUUCUAACACAUAAUCUAUUACAGUAUCCUUUUGUUUAUGUAUUCUCUGUUCACACAAACACUUGACAUUGCUUUUUCAGCAUUAAACCUCUGCUGUGUAAAAAAUAAGGUGCCAACUUCACUCUAUUCAGCAGUCAAACAUGCUGCCAGCUCAGUUUAAAAC